CCACCGGCGCCGCGCCCCGAGGCUGUGGCGGAGUCGGCUGAGAGCGAGCUCCUUCACCAGGCCAAAGAUCUCGGCGGCUAUCUAUUUAACUUUGCGACUGCUGCUACAAAAAAGAUAACCGAAUCAGUUGCUGAAACAGCACAAUCGAUAAAGAAAUCAGUAGAAGAAGGAAAAAUAGAUGACAUCAUCGAUAAGACCAUUAUAGGAGAUUUUCAGAAGGAACAGAAAAAAUUUGUUGAGGAGCAGCAUACCAAAAAAUCAGAAGCAGCAGUGCCCCCAUGGGUUGAUAGUAAUGAUGAAGAAACAAUUCAGCAACAGAUUUUGGCCUUAUCAGCUGACAAGAGGAACUUCCUUCGUGACCCUCCAAUUGGCGUGCAGUUUCAUUUUGACUUUGAUCAGAUGUACCCUGUUGCCCUGGUCAUGCUCCAAGAGGAUGAACUGCUGAGCAGGAUGAGAUUCGCCCUUGUUCCUAAGCUCGUGAAGGAAGAAGUGUUUUGGAGGAACUACUUUUACCGUGUGUCCCUGAUUAAGCAGUCAGCCCAGCUCACUGCUCUGGCCGCCCAGCAGCAGGCUGCCGGAAAAGAGAAGAGCCAUGGGAGAGAUGAUGCGUUGCCACUGACAGAGGCAGUACGGCCCAAAACGCCACCUGUCGUAAUCAAAUCUCAGCUUAAAACUCAAGAGGAUGAAGAGGAGAUCUCUACCAGCCCAGGCGUUUCUGAGUUUGUCAGUGAUGCCUUCGAUGCCUGUAACUUAGAUCAGGAGGACCUGAGGAAAGAAAUGGAGCAACUGGUGCUUGACAAAAAGCAGGAGGAGACAACUGUUUUAGAAGAUGAUUCUACAGAUUGGGAAAAAGAACUACAGCAGGAACUUCAAGAAUAUGAAGUGGUGACAGAAUCAGAGAAACGAGAUGAAAACUGGGAUAAGGAAAUAGAGAAAUUGCUGCAGGAAGAAAAUUAACUGUUCACUUAAAUAAGAAUCCUUAACAUUCUGUAACUGACAUUAAAUUCUAGCUGGUAACCCUCGUUGAAUCAAAA